GAACCCGAACCCGAACCCGAACCGAAACCCGAACCCGAACCCGAACCCGAACCCGAACCCGAACCCGAACCGAAACCCGAACCCGAACCCGAACCCGAACCCGAACCCGAACCCGAACCCGAACCCGAACCCGAACCCGAACCCGAACCCGAACCCGAACCCGAACCCGAACCCGAACCCGAACCCGAACCCGAACCCGAACCCGAACCCGAACCCGAACCCGAACCCGAACCCGAACCCGAACCCGAACCCGAACCCGAACCCGAACCCGAACCCGAACCCGAACCCGAACCCGAACCCGAACCCGAACCCGAACCCGAACCCGAACCCGAACCCGAACCCGAACCCGAACCCGAACCCGAACCCGAACCCGAACCCGAACCCGAACCCGAACCCGAACCCGAACCCGAACCCGAACCCGAACCCGAACCCGAACCCGAACCCGAACCCGAACCCGAACCCGAACCCGAACCCGAACCCGAACCCGAACCCGAACCCGAACCCGAACCCGAACCCGAACCCGAACCCGAACCCGAACCCGAACCCGAACCCGAACCCGAACCCGAACCCGAACCCGAACCCGAACCCGAACCCGAACCCGAACCCGAACCCGAACCCGAACCCGAACCCGAACCCGAACCCGAACCCGAACCCGAACCCGAACCCGAACCCGAACCCGAACCCGAACCCGAACCCGAACCCGAACCCGAACCCGAACCCGAACCCGAACCCGAACCCGAACCCGAACCCGAACCCGAACCCGAACCCGAACCCGAACCCGAACCCGAACCCGAACCCGAACCCGAACCCGAACCCGAACCCGAACCCGAACCCGAACCCGAACCCGAACCCGAACCCGAACCCGAACCCGAACCCGAACCCGAACCCGAACCCGAACCCGAACCCGAACCCGAACCCGAACCCGAACCCGAACCCGAACCCGAACCCGAACCCGAACCCGAACCCGAACCCGAACCCGAACCCGAACCCGAACCCGAACCCGAACCCGAACCCGAACCCGAACCCGAACCCGAACCCGAACCCGAACCCGAACCCGAACCCGAACCCGAACCCGAACCCGAACCC